GGAAGCGGAAGUUUCGCCUAUUCCAACAUUUUUAACUUAUAAAACUUUGCAUACCUAGAGAUAAUAACCAUCCCCCUUCCUCCAAAUCCUUGCGAACUUUCAUACAUACUGAUAGCAGGGCGGAUGUGGAGGAAGUGGGAAGUGAACACAGCUUUUUCUUAACCCUUUAAACAUUUUCCCCUUUGCUCUUGUCCCUGGUUGUUUUUUUGAUGUGUUGUUUUAACUACAUAACACUUGGAGCAUGAUGCCACUAAUUGCUUAGUGCCAUUUCAUACAGAAGGGAAGAUCUGUAGAUACUUAGGAGACCUGUUUGCAACCCAAAUACCUAAUUCAUCUCAGGUGAAGGGACAGAUGAGGUCAGGGUUUCCUCUCCCCUCUGAGUGGUUUUCAGCUUGCCGAUUAAUUAAGAACGCUUGCUUUCUGCAAUUUCUGUUUGUCCGAGGUUCCAUUGAAAAUCGUGUCCAGUGAAUGAAUUUGUGGUUUCCAUUUAUCAGGUAAUGUUUAUUUUUAAUUUUUGUUUUCUCUCUCCCUUUGUCUGAUUGUUCUAGGUCAUCUGGCUCUCCCUGAACGUCCUGCUUUUUUGGAAAACUUUUCUGCAGUAUAACCAAGGACCAGAGUAUCACUACCUCCACCAGAUGUUGGGGCUAGGAUUGUGUCUAAGCAGAGCUUCCGCAUCUGUUCUUAACUUCAACUGCAGCCUUAUCCUUUUGCCCAUGUGCCGAACCCUCCUGGCUUACCUUCGAGGAUCCCAGAAGGUUCCAAGCAGGCGAACGAGAAGAUUGUUGGAUAAAAGCAGAACAUUCCACAUAACCUGUGGUGUUACUAUCUGUAUUUUCUCAGGCGUCCAUGUGGCUGCCCACCUGGUGAAUGUCCUCAACUUCUCAGUGAACUACAGCGAGGAUUUCGUGGAACUAAAUGCAGCGAGAUACCGAGAUGAGGAUCCUAGAAAGCUUCUCUUCACAACUGUUCCUGGCCUGACAGGGGUUUGCAUGGUGUUGGUGCUAUUCCUCAUGAUUACAGCUUCUACAUAUGCAAUCCGAGUUUCUAACUAUGACAUCUUCUGGUAUACUCAUAAUCUCUUCUUUGUCUUCUACAUGCUGCUGAUGUUGCAUGUUUCAGGAGGGCUGCUGAAGUAUCAAACUAAUUUAGAUACCCACCCUCCUGGCUGCAUCAGUCUUAACCGGACCCGCUACCAGAAUAUUUCCUUACCAGAGUAUCUCUCAGAGGACUUCCAUGAACUUUUCCCUGGAGAAUUUUCAAAACCAGAUGAGCUUACACGGAAUAUGUUUGUGAAGAUUUGUAAGGAAGAGCCCAGGUUCCAAGCUAAUUUUCCACAGACUUGGCUCUGGAUUUCUGGACCUUUGUGUCUAUACUGUGCUGAAAGACUUUACAGAUGUAUUCGAAGCAAUAAGCCAGUGACCAUCAUCUCAGUCAUAAGUCAUCCCUCAAAUGUCAUGGAAAUUCGAAUGGUCAAAGAAAAUUUUAAAGCAAGACCUGGCCAGUAUAUCAUCCUACAUUGUCCCAGUGUGUCUGCAUUAGAAAAUCAUCCAUUUACCCUCACAAUGUGUCCUACUAAAACCAAAGCAACGUUUGGAGUCCAUCUUAAAAUAGUAGGAGACUGGACAGAACGAUUCCGAGAUUUACUACUUCCUUCACCUAGUCAAGACUCUGAAAUUCUGCCCUUCAUUCAAUCUAGGAAUUAUCCCAAGCUAUACAUCGAUGGUCCAUUUGGAAGUCCAUUUGAAGAAUCACUGAACUAUGAGGUUAGCCUCUGCGUGGCUGGAGGCAUUGGAGUAACCCCAUUUGCAUCAAUACUCAACACUCUGCUGGAUGACUGGAAACCAUACAAGCUUAGAAGACUGUAUUUUAUCUGGGUGUGCAGAGAUAUUCAAUCCUUCCGUUGGUUUGCAGACUUACUCUGUGUGUUGCAUAACAAGUUUUGGCAAGAGAACAGACCUGACUAUGUUAACAUCCAGCUGUACCUCAGUCAAACAGAUGGAAUACAGAAAAUAAUUGGAGAAAAAUAUCCGGCACUGAAUUCGAGACUUUUUAUUGGACGGCCUCGGUGGAAAAUUCUGUUUGAUGAAAUAGCCAAAUGUAACAGAGGGAAAACAGUUGGUGUUUUCUGCUGUGGGCCCAAUUCAAUUUCCAAGACUCUUCAUAAACUGAGUAACCAGAACAACUCAUACGGGACAAGAUUUGAAUACAAUAAAGAAUCUUUCAGCUGAAAACCUUUGAGAUGAACCAGGACUCAAAAAAGGAAUGAGUGCAAUUUUUAAGACUUUGAAACUCAGCUGAAUCAGUUAUGUCAUGCCAAAGAGUAGCAAGGCUUUCUUGUUUAUGAUUAUUUAAAAUGGAAAUGAGGAGAAUGUGGCAAGAUAACAGGUAAUAAUACAUGUUUAAUCUGGAAACCAAAGAGGCCCUGCAGAAUAUUCGAUGUGGUGAUUCACUUUUCAAUGUUCUGAUUAAAAGAAAACUAUUAGCCUCACACUGUUGAUUUUUAUGGCAGAUUCAAGAAGUCUCUAGUGAGGAGCCGAACUUGCUCACUGUGAGGUUGAUAGCCUAGGUCCUCUUUAAACUGUUUUUGGUUGAACGAAUGCAAGAUUGAACAAAAUUAAAAAUUCAUUGAAACUGAGAUUACAUUUUCUAUGUUGCAUAUAAACAGAGUAGCUUUAAUUUGGAAAACCUCCAGGCAAAUGUAUUAGGUGUUUAAAAAUACAACACAGAACUCUGUAUUGAUACGGGUACUUUGUGCCAACAGCUAAUCUUCCUCACUACUGAUGUUCAUACCUCUACUUGAUAUCUGUAAACUAUAUGCUGAUUGAACCUUGUGCAGAUGUAGAUAUAAUAGCACCUGUUUUUAUAUUUUUCUUUUUUUCCUGUGCGAAGGGAAAUCUGCCCUCCCUUGGCAUGCAUUAGACACAGUGGUUUACUAGAUCCAUUUCAUCCCCAACUUAUUUAAUCUACUAUAGAGUACUGAGAAAAUAUUACUUUCAAUUAUAAAGGGACUUACAAACUAAUAUCUUUUUUUUUCCUUUUUCAGCCUUUUUUUUUUUUUAAUCACCAUUUCCCCAGGCACACUUCCUGUUAGUUUUUAGCCUCUAAAGGUGCUUUGUUUAAUUUGUGCUUUAAGACCAAAGGGCAUCAUAUCUGUCAGUCAGCAUUGAGAUACAAGAUCUCUUUCCUGUGUAUACUGGAGACAUUGAAACUAUAGUCAUAUUCCUGAACAGGAAAAGCAUAUUUUACUACACAA